CUGAGCUGGGAAGUUGGUUGCGAUUUAUUCGCCCCGAGCGCCCUGUCACUGGGCAGCAGAUUCCUCGUGCUCUUCCUACACCCUUCGCUGGCUACAAGAUGCUCACCUAUCCUGCACAGCUACUGAUCUUUUUACUGCCUGUGUGUCUGGCACCCAACCCUCGUACCAUCUAUUCAAACCACUGGGCUGUCCGUGUAUCAGGGGGACCCGAGGUGGCAGCGGAACUGGCAGGCAAAUACGGAUACCUGAACUUGGGGCAGAUUGGAAAUCUGGAAAAUUACUACCACUUUCAUCAUAGCAAGACAAUAAAGCGAUCCACUCGUAGCAGCCGUGGGAUACACAACUUCCUCAUCAUGGAUCCAAAGGUUGAGUGGAUGCAGCAGCAGGAAGUGAAGAAAAGGGUUAAAAGACAUGUACGGACAGAUCCAAGCCUCAUGCACUUCAAUGACCCAAUCUGGUCAAACAUGUGGUACCUGCACUGUGCAGAUAAGAGCAGCAGAUGUAGGACUGAAAUGAAUGUCAUGGCUGCUUGGCAGAGAGGUUAUACUGGCAAGAAUGUGGUUAUCAGUAUCCUGGAUGAUGGAGUAGAGAAAAGUCACCCAGAUCUCAUUCAGAACUAUGAUCAGCUUGCAAGCUAUGAUGUGAAUGGAGAUGACUAUGACCCAACCCCACGAUAUGAUGUCAGCAAUGAGAACAAACAUGGCACUCGUUGUGCAGGUGAAGUUGCAGCCUCUGCCAACAACUCAUACUGCAUUGUGGGCAUUGCAUACAAUGCCAGGAUAGGAGGAAUCCGCAUGUUAGAUGGAGAUGUAACUGAUGUUGUGGAAGCGAAGUCUCUGGGCAUCCGGCCAGAUUACAUUGACAUUUACAGUGCUAGCUGGGGUCCAGAUGAUGAUGGGAAGACUGUGGAUGGUCCAGGUCCAUUGACUAGAAAGGCUUUUGAAGAUGGCAUCAAGAAGGGUCGCAAAGGACUAGGUUCCAUCUUUGUUUGGGCAUCUGGAAAUGGAGGCAGAGAAGGGGAUUACUGCUCCUGUGAUGGUUACACCAACAGCAUCUAUACCAUUUCCAUUAGCAGCGCCACUGAGAAUGGUUAUAAACCUUGGUACCUGGAGGAGUGUCCAUCCACACUGGCCACAACCUACAGCAGUGGCGCAUUCUAUGAGAGGAAAAUAGUCACCACAGACAUUCGGCAGCGCUGUACUGAUGAUCACACAGGAACUUCUGUCUCAGCACCAAUGGUGGCGGGUAUCAUCGCUUUGGCAUUGGAAGCAAACCAACAGCUUAACUGGAGAGAUGUGCAGCACCUCCUUGUGAAAACCUCUCGCUCUGUCCAUCUCAGAGCCCCUGACUGGAGAACUAAUGGGGCUGGACGAAAAGUCAGCCAUCUGUAUGGAUUCGGCUUGGUAGAUGCUGAAGCUAUGGUUGUGGAAGCCAAGAAGUGGAAAACUGUUCCUGUUCAGCAUACAUGUGUGGGAGCUUCAGACAAACGCCCCAGGUUUAUCAGAGCAAAUCAGCUAAUACGCACCUCAAGUCACACCAAAGCCUGUGCAGAUAACAAUGGGCAGUACGUGGCAUAUCUGGAGCAUGUGGUUGUGAGAGUCACUAUAUCCCAUCCACGUAGGGGAGACCUGCAGAUCUUCCUGAUUUCACCCUCAGGGACAAAGUCCCAGCUGCUUGGCAGAAGGACAUUUGAUUACUUAAAUGAAGGCUUCAAGAACUGGGAAUUUAUGACUGUUCAUUGCUGGGGUGAAAAGGCAGAAGGGGAGUGGGUCUUGGAAAUUCAAGACAUGCCAUCUCAACUACGCAAUCCAGAAAUACAAGGCAAACUGAAGGAGUGGACCCUUAUUCUGUAUGGAACAGCUGAGCACCCGUACAACCCUGUUAGCGUUCAACACUCUCGAUCUAGAAUGCUGGAUAUCUCUGCCACUGAUCUGGAGCCUUCCAAAGCUGCACUAUUCCAAAGUCACUUGGAGUUCAUAGAUGAAGAGGAGGAAUAUUCAGGUCUGUGCCAUCCUGAAUGUGGGGACAGAGGAUGUGAUGGGCCUGGGCCUGAACAUUGUCUGAAAUGUGUCCACUAUAGUCUGGGAAACGAAAAGAUUGGAAGGAAGUGUGUGACCACCUGCCCCUCUGGAUUUAUGUCCGAUGCUGCUACGAGGAGAUGCAGACAUUGUUACAGAGGAUGUGACACAUGCUUUGGCCGUGGGCACAAUCAGUGCAGUGCUUGUAAAAAAGGAUUCUACCUCCAAUUGGAUACAAGCACAUGUACUCUCAUAUGCCCAGCAGGGUACUAUGCUGAUGAACAUCAAAAGCGGUGCAUUAAGUGCCAUCAGAACUGCAAAAAGUGCAUUGGGUUUCCAGAUAAAUGUGUCCUCUGCAGAGAUGGAUUCAGCCUUUUAGGGUCUCUGUGUGUACCAGAGUGUGAGCAGGCAACCUUCUACAAUACAGCCUUGAUGAGAUGUGAGAAGUGCCAUGCAACAUGCCACUCAUGUACAGGGCCUGGGAAGGAGCAAUGCACACAAUGUGCCAAAGACUUUCACCUGCAUGAGUGGCGGUGUGUCCCUGCCUGCAGCCAGGGCUUUUAUUCAGAAGAUGUGCCUGGGCUGCCUCACAAGGUGUGUCGCCGGUGUGAAGAAAAUUGUUUAAGUUGUGAAGCUACAGGGAAGAAUUGUGUACGGUGUAAAGAUGGCUACAGUCUGCUGAGUGGGUCAUGUGUAACAAACAACACGUGUAAUAAUGCUGAUGAGGUGUUCUGUAACAUGGUGAAGUCCAGUAAGCUCUGUGAGAGGAAGCUGUUCAUACAGUUUUGCUGCAGGACUUGUCUAUUAGCGGGAUGAUGACGAUGGACCAUCUGCAGCUUUCCACACAUGGCUGCUCUCGACCACUGAUUGGCCGGCCAUAAGCAUCCAAUACACACACUUUUGGCAACGGUGCAUAGCUUGAUAUUAACCCCUUUGGUGCUAGAAAUUGACUUCUGGCAUUCAAAUGGUUAGAGCCCUUAAACCCCUAAAUGGAUUAUAACUGGACACUUUCUUCUUCCCUGAGCAGCAUUGUUUUGUUUUAUUUUUCCUAGUGAUGGACAUGUUGUAAAUCCGUACUCAGACUCCUUUUUCCAGCCUCAGCUUUUAGUCUAGUCUUCAUCCUCCCCUGGUUCCUUUCUCUAUGCAGCCGCAUGUUGCUUUGGGACAAUAGUGACGUCAUAGUACAGCGCUAGAGAGGCCUGGCUGCUGGUUACCCUGACUUAGAAUAAUUAGAGACGUGAAUUAACACUGUCGUCUUCCAUACUUUAAGGCAUUAUGCACUUACACAUGUGAACACACAGGCACAUGAACUUUUGGUUUGGAUGUUCUCUAAUAUUCAUUUAAAUUAUUUUUUUUUUUUUUAAAUCAUGAGUAGACAAUGUGCACUUAAUUUCUCAUAAGUAUAUAGUAUUAGCGAUUUAUACACAAGGCAGUAAACAGCCUGCUAUAACCAUCACCCACAUAACAUUUUCUAAGCAUUUCAUCAGAGUUAAAUACUAGCUUUAGAUCUUCCUCCCAUUUCUGAAGCAAUUUGCAUUGGGUUAGAUCCCUCAUACCAAUACUUUUCAGACAAUGCACUGUCACAAACAAACACUGAAUAUUACGAGCACUUUUUUUUUAUUAACAAAUUAAACCUAAAAAUAUAUUUUUUUCAUUUAAAAAAAUCUAAUGCCAAAAGGGAAAUCACAAUAAGUUCUCACUCAUUCAUAUUUAUUAUAGUAAUUUGGUUAAAAUGUUUUUUUCUUUUGCCUUAAGGUGUGAUUAGAUUUUUAAGUUCAGGACAACAGGAACUAAAAUGUUGUGACUUAUACUAUCACUAAAAAUGCUGAUUUGCUUAUAGCAUCUAUAUAUAAUCUCAUGUUAAUUUGGAUUCAAGGGGAAAGGCUCUCUUUAUGUAAAAGCAAUUGUAAUCUUCAAAACAUAGUAAAAUCCCCAAAUAUUUAGAACCAAGAUCCAACCCCCCAUGACACACUAAUCUUUGUAAGUAUUGUUUAUUAUGUUUUCUCUUGGGACUAUAUUAAAUCUCAAAGCAGCUUGCAAAGUAUGGAAUAAAUGUUGAUGCCAAGACUAUUUGUGCGCUGUGUCAGGCAUGAUUAAAUGAAAUGCCACCAAUCUGUUAAAAAAAUAGUCUGUCCCAUACUAAGGUUUUGUAACAUAGGAUAGAAAAAGUAAAUCCAUGGGAAUUUUUGCAUCUAUCAGAAUUCUGUUGAUUAAAAUUGAAAUAUAUGCUCAUUUUACACUUUUAUUCCCUGGUACCAAGCAAAUCAAUUUGUUUUUAAUAUGUCCAGUUUUAUCUGAUACCCAGGACUGUUUUUAAAUAUUUCUGUCUUAACUUGUAUGAUAAUGGUGUUUAUUUUUCCAUAAAUUACAUUUUAUAUAAGAAUAUUUUGUCUUGUUUAUAAGUGGCACUGCCUGUCCGACAGGUGAUAUAUAGAUAUAUAUAUAUAUAUAGAUAUAUAGAUAUAUAGAUAUAAUGCAAACCUGUUUGAUAUUUCUGUUGCAUGAUGUGAUUAACAUAUAAAUACAUUUUUAGGCGAUCAACAUGUAGAUUUUAUGUUUAAUUUAAAGGCAAUUUUAUAUCUAGGUUAUGAAACCUUGGCUGGAAAAUGGAAGAAAAUAAGGACCACUUUAUCAUCCAUUUUUGCAGCAAAACUAGCCGUUAAUUGCAUUUGUAGCCAUCUUUAAAGAAACUUUCAGAAUCAUUAUGUUCAGGAAAAAAUACAUUUUGUUGAAACCUUGAAUGUAUAACACCUUUUCUGCCAUUCUUGGCUUAUAAAGGGACAUUACAAUGUUACCUCAAUCUGCAGCAGCAGAUCAUGCUGCAUCUUUUAAAGCCUGAGAGGAUAAAUCCAAAGAACUUUCAGCUUGUUAAAUAAAAUACAUUUUACCUGAAA